CCAUGGUCCUUCUCAGAACACAGAUCCCCAUGGAGAGCAGCACUGCCACUGUAAUCUAUCCACCAUUUGCCCAUUGGUGCUCAUUCUUUUUGCUUAUUUUAAAGGCUCCUUACCUUCGUUCUCUAUGCUUACAUCUUGGCCAUGGAGCUUACUUAGAGCUCAGAGUUUGAACACUCAAACCCAAGCUCCAAUGGUGGGUGGGUUGGUGGCUGGAGCUGGAUGCGUGGAUUCAUUGCACGAAGAAGGCAGAAUGAUUACACUGUGUACUGCCCAAUGAUUGAGCUGCCUCACCUUGGGCCUUGUUAACAAUCCCUCCUUUGGAUCAUAUCCUCAGAGGAAGAUGAAGUCCAUGAACAACGCAAACACCGACGCCGACAAUGCCUGGUUGGGAUUCUCUCUCUCUCCUCAAAUGAACAUGGAGGUUGCUCACUCCUCUGCUGGUACCUUCUUCGUCUCUACUCCAUUAACCAGCUCUGGUUUCAUGUAUGGUGAGGGCGGAGGAGGGUACCACUAUUCUCAGCUAUCAUCCAUUCCGCUCAAGACCAAUGGUUCCCUUUGCCUCAUGGAAGCCCUCACCAGAUCGCAACAAGAAGUAAUGGUGGCAUCUCCAUCUCCCAAACUGGAAGACUUCUUAGGCUGUGGUCCAAACAUGAUUGCACACGGCCGGGAAGCAGCAAUGGCUUUAAGCUUGGGCUGCAGGGACCCUCUCCCUCAUUCAGGCUCAGACAUCCUCCAUCACCACUUUCCACAAUACCAAGAUGCGUUCUUUGCUCCGCUGACCAACCAUGAGAUAUACCAGGCCCCCAUUGGAAGUUCAAGCCAAGCUAUGGCCUCUGUUGCUUCCAUGGGCAAUGGGGACUUGCAGUCCUUAAGCUUGUCCAUGAGCCCUGUUUCGCAGUCGAGCUGUGUCACAGCUCCACAGCUUGCUGGUUCGACCGCUGUCGCAGCCGGCUCCGACUACAUGAUCUUGGAUCCUACUAAAAAGAGAGGCUCCAAAGGUGGCCAGAAGCAGCCUGUUCAUCACCGCAAGUCGAUCGAUUCAUUCGGGCAGCGGACGUCCCAGUACAGGGGAGUCACGAGACACAGGUGGACUGGAAGAUACGAAGCUCAUCUUUGGGACAAUAGUUGCAAAAAGGAAGGGCAAACAAGGAAAGGAAGGCAAGUUUACUUGGGGGGGUAUGAUAUGGAAGAGAAAGCCGCUAGAGCCUAUGACUUGGCUGCUCUCAAGUAUUGGGGUACAUGCACUCAUAUCAACUUCCCGCUGGAAGAUUACCAUGCAGAAAUCGAAGAAAUGAAGAACAUGAGCAGGCAAGAAUACGUUGCUCAUCUAAGAAGGAAGAGCAGUGGUUUUUCGCGUGGAGCAUCGAUAUACCGGGGAGUCACUAGGCAUCACCAACAUGGAAGGUGGCAAGCUCGGAUCGGGAGGGUCUCUGGAAAUAAGGAUCUUUAUCUGGGAACCUUCAGUACUCAAGAGGAAGCAGCUGAAGCCUACGACAUUGCUGCAAUCAAGUUCCGCGGUUUGAACGCUGUCACAAACUUUGACAUUUCAAGAUAUGAUGUGGAGAAGAUCAUGGCAAGUGACACUCUUCUAGCCAGCGAACUCGCAAGACGAAACAAGAACGUAGAAGCCCAUGGCGUUGCUCCAUCAGCUCAAAAUGGCAACACAAGUAGCCCUGAUUGGAAAACAACCCCCUAUCAAUCUUGCAACCAGAAACCACAAUUCUUCGAGGAACAAAACCCGAAAUUCAGUACUAGCAUUGCUGAAUAUCAAAAUGAGCACUUUGUGAACAACCUUCAGAGCCUAGUUGGAGCCAUGGGUAGUUCAACACAAGGCGUCAAUGUUUCAGACAAUCUGAACAUCACACAAGGAUUGAAUCCCCUAUCGCUCGUUCCGGGCUUGAGCAACUCUGGAGAAGUAAAUUCUGAUAAGGCUGAUAUCUCCGUACUAUUUUCCAAGACUCAAAAAAAGCUCAUCAGUGCGACAAUGAACUCAUGGAUGCCUCCACCACAACUAAGGCCCGGACUGCCACUGCCUACCAUGCCAAUGUUUGCUGCUUGGACAGACACCUGAAGUUUCCGCGAGCAACUGAAGAUAGCACCAAUUCAAGAAUUAGAGAAGAUUGGGGAGGGUGCUUUAUUUAGUGAUCAUACUUUGCAAUAGAGUUUGGUGAUCUUUUGGACCUGGCCUCUGGUCUUCUCCUAUGGCUCUCAAAUGUGUAUCUACACCUUCUGGGCUACAUGGGGAAGGAUUUUGCAGUGCAGAGGCUUUAGCACUCGUAGAGUAGCAGCUACGUACUUAUCUGCGUUGAUAAUUUGGAUGUUAAAAACUUCUCUAUUGUUUUGUUAGACAAGUCUCUUCUAAGUGCAAGGUGAACUUAGACA